GAGAGAGAGAGCGAGCGAGAGAGAGCACAAGAAGAAACUUUCAUUCCCACACUGUACUAACACGAGGAACUGUGGAGGAUAUUCUGAAGACAUGUUUCAACAUACUGCACCUCAUCUUCCUGGAGAAAGGACCUGAUUACACACCUGGAGGGAAUACAGCGUUACCUGCUGCGUGAGUAAAGCAGAAAUGUUCAAGAGAUCCACGGAACCCACUAGCAACGAAGCAUGACAUGAGGAUUUAUUCUUUGUUUUUUGUUUUUUUUAUAUGUUUAAUAGAGUUUGCAGAAAUGGCAGAGGAAGAGGGCGCACCACAGCCACCGCCCGCCGAUUCUCUCUGUCUGGCCUCGGUCACGCAGCCCUACCCCCGUUCUCCGAAAACACUCCGUAAACCUGACGCCGCCCCGCUCGAAUACUCACAGGAACAGCUGUCCUGCUGGCUGGAGGAGCUGGAGAAGGAGAGCAAGUGGACCGAAGCUCAUAUGGCGUCUCUGAAAAAGCGCCAAGCCAACCUCAGCACGAGCGCGGAGACGAUGGAGCAGCAGGUGCGCGAGCGAUUCGAGGCCGUGCGUCUGGCCCUGGAGAAGGAAGAACAGGCCGUCCUGGGCUCGCUAGAACAAGAGCAGAGGGAGAACAGCAGCAGAAUGACGCGUCUCCUGAACGACUGGAACCAGCACCUGAAACUGGUGCGCAAACACAUCAGCACCGUCAGGACGCUGCAGGAGAGAGGAGCCGAGAGCCGGCAGCAGGUCUCUCCUGGAAAUUUCAGCUGCCAUAAGAAGCAGGACGCGGCUGAACUGGCCAUCGGGCCGAACGACGAACACUUCCAGAAGCUCAUGAAGGUUUUGGGGAAGAUCUCAAAAGAUUUGCAAGUCCGACUACAGAAAAAGAGCUUGCUGCUCGACUCCACUGUGGUGGUGAUUGACAGGACAGCCUGCCACAGACAGAUCAAGGUGACUCUGAGUGGGCGGGGCUUUUACGUCUCUCCUGACGACAGCUCGGCUCCUAUCCACCCUCUGCAGUUCGAUCAGACCUGCUGCGCCCUGGGCUUGCCCGCUAUAAGUUCGGGUCGGCGUUACUGGGAAGUGGAUGUUCACUGUUGCUCUUCCUGGGCUGUGGGCGUGGCUUACGGCAGCCUGCACAGGAAAGGGCAGGACAAAAGCACAAAACUGGGCAGGAACAGACUCUCGUGGAGUCUGGAGUUUCGGGACGGGCGUCUCUCGGUGUGGCACAACGACCGGCACUUGACCCUGUCCGCUCGGGCGGCGCCAGACAAAGUGGGCGUGUUUGUGAACUACCAGAAGGGUCGCGUUGCGUUCUACGACGCAGACGCCGUGAAGCUGCUGCAGGAUUUCCCAACGAGCUGCACGAGCGUGUUCGAGAGGGCGCAUCAUCAGUUCACCGAGCCCGUGUUCCCUGCGUUUCGCUUUUUCAGAGCCAGAGAUCGACAGCCUGUUCCAGAUCACAUGGAGAUCUGUGACCUCGGGCUCUGACGCGCGAUUCUGAAACGCACAUGGACCUCGUCCUGCAGAUUUGAGUCUUCUUCCCGCUCUAGCUUUAUAUUAAAUAAAUAAAUAAAACUCUCUGCGUUUACGCCUAGCCAACGCUAUGCUACAUUUUAAUGCAACAAAUACUCCAGAAACAUAGCACUGCACUAAGUCAGUGUGGAUGACUUAAUCAUGAGUUGACAAAAUAAACAUGCUAUUAAAUUUGGAUGAAAAGAAAUUUAAGCUUUAAACAAAAAAGAAAACGACGGCCGCAUCAAUUCAUGCUCGAAAACAAUCUUGUUAAGUUGAUUACGCGAGUUAAAACUACUACUAAUAACAAGCAGGAAAGGCUUAAUGUUGUUCUAGGCCCGGGGUUUAUGAUCCACUUUUGAAAACUUUGUAUAAAGCUUACUUCUAACGUUAACUCUUUGCUAGCAAAAGUCCCAAAAUUUCAUUAAACGUGCUCUUACCUGAAAUCAAUAUCCAGUAAUAAACUCCUCAUGGUGUUAGUCUUGUCCUCCGUGCUCCGGAUGUUAAUCAGCUCAUGUAAUCUGCGAUUAAGUAAUAAACCGUACUUAAUUCAGUGUGAAAUAACACAACAGGCUAAUUUACAAACUAACUGUUAAGAGCUUUCGAUACUAAGGGGGUCACUGAAGUGUGGAACGACACCGUAACCAGGAGUGGACGCUUUUGGAAUGACGGGCAGCUAAUAAACAGCAGGAAGAAUCCACCAAUGCGAGUCCGAGAGAUCCUAAACUGGCUGUACUCGCCGGGUAGGCGGGGCACAGUCUCAUUCGGCUGUCAAUCACUAGCCAAUUAUGGAUGUCUGUGAGAUCAUGUAUGCGGAAGAGUGUAGACAGCACUUUCCUUAGUUUGUAAGUUCAUAAGUAGCGGAGUUUGUAAGUAAGUUUGUUUUGUAAACAAGUUAGAAUAAGUAAAUAAGAAUGUUAGCUUGUAAGUCAGAUAGUUUGUUAGUAAGUUCAUAAACAAGUUAGUUUGUUAGUAAGUUCGUAAACAAGUUAGUUUGUAAACAAGUUAGUUUGUUAGUAAGUUCGUAAACAAGUUAGUUUGUAAACAAGUUAGUUUGUUACUAAGUUCGUAAACAAGUUAGUUUGUAAACAAGUUAGUUUGUUACUAAGUUCGUAAACAAGUUAGUUUGUAAACAAGUUAGUUUGUUACUAAGUUCGUAAACAAGUUAGUUUGUAAGUAUGUUGGUUAGUUUCUUAGUAAGUUAGUUUGUAAACAAGUUAAUUUAGUUUGCAUAUUAUUUUCUAAGUACGACUGUCAGUAAGAAUGUUAGCUUGUAAGUCAGUUAGUUUGUAAGUCAGUUCCUAAGUAGGUUAGGUUGUAUGUAAUUUAGUUAAGUAAAUAAGUAAGUAUGUUUAUGUGAAAUAAGUCUGUACGUUGGUUUGUAAGUAAGUUCACAAUUAAGUUUAUAAGUAUGUUAGUUCCUAAAUAAGUUUGUUAUUAAGAAUGUAAAUCAGUUUGUAAGUUUGUCUGUAAGUACACAAGUAGCUAACUUCGUAAGUUAGUUUGUAAAUAAGUUAGAUUUGUUUAGUAGAUUCUAAGUAAGUUUGCCAGUAGAAGUGUUGUAGCUUGUAAGCAGGUUAGUUUGUGAGUGAGUGAGUGAGUGAGUGAGUGAGUAAGUUAGUUUGUAAACAAGUUUAUACAACAGUUAGUUCCGGUCCACUAUUCCUGAUUGGUCGGGCAGCGUUCCAAGAGUGCCUUUAUUUCCCGUAAUGGUACGGGGAUGUUUCACUGUGUUUAUCACUCCACUUUUCUGUGUCUGCCACAUAAAAUUCCACUACUUCGAAACAGAUACUACGGUAGCGUUAGCAACAUUAUCAGCGGACAUGUCAAAUGAUACUUUCUAGAGUUGAAAUAUAAAAGCUCGUCAGAUGAAGAUAAAAAGGGAAAAGUUCACGGAUAAGAAGUCUGGAAGUAUGUUAGUGUGUAAGUAUUUGAACAGGGCAUGCGGGUUAUACUCACCGUGGCG